AUGGGUGCGGGGGAUGCAGAUGAUGAAGUGGUAGGGGAUGAGAAAGGGGAAGUCAGCCACCUGAGGGGUGGCAGCAGAGGUGGCAUCGGAGGUGUAUGUGAGGACAGGGGCAGGAUUAGGAGCUGCUGUGGGUGUGGAGGCUGGGAGAAGGGUGUAGAUGUGGGGAUACACAGCAGGGGAGGAAGUGGGGAAGUGGUGGAGUGGGAAGUAAAGGAUGAAGCGUGUGCCAACUCGUGUGUUAAUGAUGUGGCUCUCCAGGCGAAUAAAAAAGACAAGCGAAUCAGCUCACACCACAAUCCCAGGGGUCCGAUAUGUUACAACUGCAGCAAAUAUGGACACAUAGCGAAAAAUUGUGGUAGUAAAAAAAAGGAAGGGAAAAAUCAGUAA